AAGGCGGCGGGGCCGGCGGGGGCCCGGGGCGGGGGCGGGGAAGGAGGGGGGAGGAGGCGGGAGGCGGGGGGCGCGGCGGCGGCGGCGGCGGCGGCGGCCGCGGCUGCUGCUGCGGCGGCGGCGGUGGUGGCGGCGGUGGGGUGGCGGGAGCGGAGCGGCAUGGCCACGGCGGCUUCUAACCCCUACCUGCCGGGGAACAGCCUGCUCGCGGCCGGCUCCAUUGUGCACUCGGACGCGGCAGGGGCCGGCGGCGGCGGGGGUGGCGGCGGCGGCGGCGGCGGGGGCGGUGCAGGGGGCGGGGGCGGCGGCAUGCAGCCGGGCAGCGCCGCCGUGACCUCGGGCGCCUACCGGGGGGACCCGUCCUCUGUCAAGAUGGUCCAGAGCGACUUCAUGCAGGGGGCCAUGGCCGCCAGCAACGGCGGCCAUAUGCUGAGCCACGCGCACCAGUGGGUCACAGCCCUGCCCCACGCCGCCGCCGCCGCUGCCGCUGCCGCCGCCGCCGCCGUGGAGGCGAGCUCGCCGUGGUCGGGCAGCGCCGUGGGCAUGGCUGGCAGCCCCCAGCAGCCACCGCAGCCGCCGCCGCCACCGCCGCAGGGCCCCGACGUGAAGGGCGGCGCCGGGCGCGACGACCUGCACGCGGGCACAGCGCUACACCACCGCGGGCCGCCGCACCUCGGACCCCCGCCGCCGCCCCCACACCAGGGCCACCCUGGGGGCUGGGGGGCGGCCGCCGCUGCCGCAGCCGCCGCCGCAGCCGCCGCCGCCGCCGCGCACCUCCCGUCCAUGGCCGGGGGCCAGCAGCCGCCGCCGCAGAGUCUGCUCUACUCGCAGCCCGGAGGCUUCACGGUGAACGGCAUGCUGAGCGCGCCCCCGGGGCCCGGCGGCGGCGGCGGCGGCGCUGGCGGUGGAGCCCAGAGCUUGGUGCACCCGGGGCUGGUGCGCGGGGACACGCCGGAGCUGGCCGAGCACCAUCACCACCACCACCACCACGCGCACCCUCACCCACCGCACCCGCACCACGCGCAGGGACCCCCGCACCAUGGCGGCGGCGGCGGCGGCGCGGGGCCUGGACUCAACAGCCACGACCCGCACUCGGACGAGGACACGCCGACGUCGGACGACCUGGAGCAGUUUGCCAAGCAGUUCAAGCAGCGGCGCAUCAAGCUGGGCUUCACGCAGGCCGACGUGGGGUUGGCGCUGGGCACACUCUACGGCAACGUGUUCUCGCAGACCACCAUCUGCCGCUUCGAGGCCCUGCAGCUGAGCUUCAAGAACAUGUGCAAGCUCAAGCCGCUGCUGAACAAGUGGCUGGAGGAGGCGGACUCAAGCACCGGCAGCCCCACAAGCAUCGACAAGAUCGCGGCUCAGGGCCGCAAGCGCAAGAAGCGGACCUCUAUCGAGGUGAGCGUCAAGGGCGCGCUGGAGAGCCACUUCCUCAAGUGCCCCAAGCCCUCAGCGCAGGAGAUCACCAACCUGGCCGACAGCCUGCAGCUCGAGAAGGAGGUGGUGCGGGUCUGGUUCUGCAAUCGGCGCCAAAAGGAGAAGCGCAUGACGCCGCCCGGGAUCCAACAGCAGACGCCCGACGACGUCUACUCGCAGGUGGGCACCGUGAGCGCCGACACGCCGCCGCCUCACCACGGGCUGCAGACGAGCGUUCAGUGAAGCCAGGGCGCAGAGCGAAGAGGGCCGCCGCCGCCGCCGCCGCCUCCGCAGCCGCCGUCAGCACCGCCGCCGCCCCCGCCGCCGCCGCCGCCGCCGCCGCCGCCGCGCCGACCCUGCACCUGGGCCGCUCCGGGCUCCAGCCCAGACCCAUCCGCCGCCCUCUCCUCCACCCAGAGACAGGCAUGCCCGCCCUUGGAGGAGAAAACGCGGGAGAAACGGACCAAGGAGGCAUUUCUGCAGUCCAAGGAAGGAGGGGCCAAAAAAUAAAAAGCAUAAUAAACACCCAGACUGUUUUGUAUACAUAUAAAACAAACAAAACCAGAAGAGAAAAAGGGGGCGAUCAUGAGAUCUCGUUUAUACUGUGGUGGUGUUUCGUUUUUGUUUUUGUUUUUAAAGAAGGGUGAAGAUGCCUGACGCACGAAAACUGCACUCGUGAGGUUUUUCCACCCUGAGAUGACCUACACGGCAGCGGUGGACAGCACCUGCCUCGUCUUCUCCUCUUUGAAAAAAAGAGAGAGAGAGAGAGAAAGUCCCCUUUCCUUUCACUUUCUCCCUCCAAAACAGCUGCCUAAAGAGAUCCACGGAAACUUUAUUUCCUGGGAGCGACCUGAGAGAAAACAGAGGCACCAGGUUCCAUCAGGGGACGACACCGUGC